AUGCCGUCUCCGACGACGCCGCAACGCUCCUCCAACCGUGGAGGGAAUGCGAAAUCGAGCCCGACCAAGCCGCUCGACAUCGGUCAGCCGCUGGGAAUCCAUGACACCAAUACGGUCCGGGCAAGGGUGCGCAAAUGGCAGCAGCAAGGUGGUGGCGUGAUCACGAUAAACGAUGGAAUGUGUGACGAUGGCGAAGACGAGGAGAACCAGACAAAAGCGAAGCCCACGCCGGGGAAACUCAAGGUAGACAAGCUGGAGAAAUCAGAUAAAGAGAAGGAGAAAGAGAAGGAGAAAGAGAAGGAGAAAGAGAAGGAAAAAGAGAAGGAAAAAGAGAAGGAAAAAGAGAAACCUCCGCCAGUACGAAAACGCAGUCAUAGCACCCCACGAAAACGAGUCAUCAGCGAUGAACACUGGAGAAAAAACCGAUCGACGACGCAAACGCCCUCGCGUAACCUGCCGAUUCCGCGGCGCAUCAACGAGUACACGACAAAUGAAGGAUCCGGUUCGCCACGAGCGAAACGAGAGACCAAGAGAGCUACAGUGGACAAGUCCUGCGAUCCUCCAAAAUAUGGAGGCCGACACGACUCACCGGCAUCGAGAUCGCCAACUCGUGAAUGGAAGCGCUCGAGUAAUCGAAAAGAUGCGGAAUCUAUUACUGAUAGCGACCUGGAGACGGAUCGGCCGCCAACAUCGAUGGCUGCGUCUGAGAUACCGGAACACUUGAGGAGAGAGUCGCCGCCGCCUGAAGACGUGGACUGGGCGAAGAGCGAGGCUGACUUCUCCGAGCUGUCGCGAAGACGUGCCCGUGGAGCUCAGAAACCUCCUAAAGGUGGUAUCUUCGCACAUGUGCUGGACGAGUCGAGAAAGAUGUUCAGCAGACCAGAACCGGAGCCCCCGAGGCCAGUACCUCCUCCACCUGGCACGCGAGGCGCGAAGAUUGAAGCAUGGCUUUCCGCCACCCCGGAUCCCUUCGUGGACGAGGACCACACUAAGAGUGACAUGCCUGGUCCGCUCGAUAUCAAGUCUGCUCGAGCCAGGCGGUCCCAGCGGAUCGUCGAUGAAAUCGCCGCCAGCGGUGCCCUGUCAGACCUGUCUCAAGAAAGCGAGUCCCGCCCGAAAAGUAGCGACUCCCGACCCAAGAGCUCGCACAGCCGGAACUCGAAGGACCAGGAUAGUUAUGUCUCGCUGGAGAAGUCUCGCAAAGCUCAAGAACGGGAUUCGGUAUCAGAAGGGAAACGUGCGAGCACGGACAAGGUCGAGAAGCCGGUGGCUUUGAGGAUUCGAGAAGACAAAUCCACUCGCGACAAGCCAUAUGACGAAAGCCUUGUUGCUUCUGAUUCGGAGCUCCAGCCAUUCUCAGAUGCUGGAUCUGAGGUCUCUGGAAAUAAUGCGCCAGUGCCUGUCGGUCUGAAGAAGCCCUUCCCUAGUACUGGAUACCAUAAACUUUCGACUAUCGCGUCUGUGGAGACUCUCAGCACUCUUCUUGAAGGCUCUACAAUUUCUUCUGAGACGGCUUCAGCCGUUCAAAAACCGGCACUCAAGACAGCGAAACAAGCCGAAGAGGCAGCUGAAGAGGAGGACAAGUUUGACCCAGAUUCAUUGCCAGUAGUGUCAUCACAGCUGAAGCGACGCCUUACAACCCACAAUGAACUGAUGUCGGUUUUGUCGGCACCAGUCUCUCGCAGUGGAAGCUCUCGAUCUAGACGCAGCAUUCGCUCAAACAAAAGCCGCCUGGCAAAUGCGACAAUUCCUGAUCUACUUGCUGAGCUCGCUGCAGAUGAAACAAAAUAUAUGCGUGAGCUCAAAACACUUGUCGGUGGUGUCAUCCCAGUCCUUCUGACCUGCGUGCUUUCGCGAUCCGACUCGGCCAUCGCCGCAGGUCUAUUCCGACCGUCAAUGGAUCCAAAUGAUGACAUGAACUUUUCCAAGCCAAUCGUUAAUAUGGGAGUUGCCAUUGAGCGCCUUAAGACCCUACACAAGCGGAUUCCACAAGACAAUGCGGAUGCAUUGCUGACAUGGGCCCAAGGUGCCCAACGAGUCUAUCGUGAAUACCUCAAAGCCUGGAGGCUUGGGUUCAAGGAUGUCAUUGUGAAUCUUGCUCCUUUGGAGGAAGAUGAAGAAGGGAAUAAAGCCGAAACCAAGAGCUUAGAUGAAGGCAUGGAGCGAGAUGAGCAAGGCGAUGUCAUUGGCGCAAAUGGCGAGAAAGUGGAUGUCGCAUACCUACUAAAACGGCCCUUGGUUCGUUUGAAGUACCUGGCAAAGAGCUUCAAGGGUAUCAACCAAUUACAGCCAUCUACCAAGGCAGAAGAAAUAUCCGCUGCUUAUCAGACACUGGUGGUAGAGGCUAGAAGACGAGCCCGCGACGAACGAGCCAGACUAGAGGAUGAGUCUGCCUCCAAUAUCGACCCAACUCGGGCUCGUGACCCAAUGACUAUGGGCGUCCUUCGAAAUGUGACAGUUAAUCACACUCGCCGUGUUCGGGCUCGUGACUUCUUCAACUUGUCACUCUACCAUUCAAGUGGUCAAUUAGUUGAUUGCCGUGCCGAGCUGUUGUACCGAGACAAUGCACCAGCAAAUGGUCCUGGUGGUGACCUACUGAUCUGUGAAAUUGACCACUCAGAGCGCUGGCUUCUUUUCCCGCCAGUCGAUCUCCGAUGCGUGUCUGCUCGGAAUGGUGAUAGCAAAGGGGAGAUCAUCAUCAUGUUGCGCAGUGCACCUGGAGAAGAGAAAUAUUGGCAAGAGCUGAUCUCGCUCCGCAUCGACGAAGUGGAGAUUGGCUUCGAGUGGGUCCAACUUUUGGGUCAGGAUCCUAUUCCACCUGCGAUUUGUAGAAGCCAAAGCUUCAUCAGUCGUGUCAAGCAACAUAGAGCACGCAAGCCAUCUUCGGGAGGGUCUCCGCCGAGACUGAACCCCAGCGAUGUGGAUAUCCCAAUUGGCGAGAAAGCCAAACGUCGCUCACUGACACCCAAAGAACAUUAUGUACCUUACUCGGAGCCAAGCACUGUCAGCUCCUCUGCCACGGAAAACCGGAGCUCAGUCUAUUCCACAGCCACUCGUGAAACUGAUUACACCACAGGAGGGUCGGAUCUCUCGACAAAGCAAGCUGCUCGCCCUGACUUGCCUCCUCUUCCAUCCACAGUUAGCCCGGAAAAGACCCCCAAUGGUCUUAAGAGGUCAAAGGCCAAGAGACUUUCCCGCUAUGGCGAUAGCCCUGCCUCAGACACUGCUUCCCCCAAGACGGUCAUCUCUGAUCCACCUGUCGAGUCUCCAACCCCCGCGAGUGGAAGAUUCUACGGAAACGACAGUAAUGAUGUUGCGAGGGAUAUCGCUGCUUCGAAGGAGAAGACCCCUAAAAGAGCGUCCCAAAUACCACGCGCAAAGCAGCCAUCCCCGGAGAGGGAGUCUCCCCGAGUUUCCUCAACCCCGUCAGCUGAUCUCCCUUUGAUCCCUAAAAUCCGGAGCACCAGCAGCCAAACCCACUUGUCAUCUCCAAGCACCAUGGAGAUCGAAGAAGAUGAGGACUUCCCCCCCCUGGAAUCUUUGCCGUCCCAUGAAGAACCAGCAACACCUACGCGGCCAUCAAGAAGGAGAAAAUCUCGGCGGAAGUCUAAGCACGAAGAUGCUUCUCCUCCUCCGCCUCCACCUCAUCGCUCUCCAAGCUCAUCCACGAAUAAGCUUUCAAACAGCCCGGUUCUCAGCCCAUCGGCUGUGCGUCUCAAACGCCGCGGUUCAUCUCCUUUGAAGCAUGAAUAUGAGCCUUCUACUGCUUCGGACUAUUCAGACUCCGACUCGGACGCCUCGACUGUACGGCAUUACACCUAUUCAUCAUCAGAGUAUUCCCGAUCUGUAUCCGGUUCUGAUUCCUACUCGUCUGCCUCAGAGGACGAUGAACAGCAGGAAUAUGAAGAUCCCAAGCUUCCCAAACCCAAAAUAUUGGGCGCUUCUACCUCCGAAACAAGCUCUCUAUCUCCAUCCAAUUCCGCUUCGCAGGGUGGGUAUCGAGCCGUGCCUUUGCAGCCUACCAAGUCGACCAAGGCUAUCGCAUCUAUCUUUGCUUGGUCUGACAAGGGUACUUGGGAGAGCCUGCUUCCUGACGAGUGCAGCAUCACUGUCAGCCCGGGGCUGAUUGAAGCAUUUAAGAUGAAUCCCGAUUCCAACUCAUCCUCACCAGAUCGCACUUCUCGAUCCUCGCGGCCUCUCAUUUCUAUGGAGUUGACACCGCUUGUACCUAUUCGCCGGGGCACAGCCAUCGACAUUAGCGUUCGAUCCCCCCCUACCGAUCGAUCCAAAAUCAACGCGAGCAAUAUCAUGUUCCGCUCCCGCAACCCUGAAGAAUGUGAUGCGCUUUAUAGCCUUAUCAAUCAAGCCCGGAUCAAUAACCCUACAUACAUAGCCCUUCAAAACGCCAGAGGGCCCAUCUAUGACAAUCACAUGCCAACCUUCGAGCCAAACAACGACAGCAAAUCUGGCGGAAGCUGGUUCGGCUUCCCCCGUCGCAGGAAGAGCUACCGCGCAUCCAGCUCUCCCCGAUCACUCGCUGAAGGAUCCGAAAGCAGUGUGGGAACCAUGAGCAGCGCCUUCUCUGCCCUAAAACGCUUUGGCGGUGGCAGCAAAAUGUUCAAUAUCUCCCGGUCAACCGUGACCUCCCGCAGCGGCCGCGAAGGCAGCAUGUACUCCGGCUCCGGUGACUCCGGCACCCACCCAUCCCCAUCUUCAGGCAUUGGCCGCAUUGCCGCUGCCAUAAAGGGCGCCGACGGCAUCGGGCUUUCCAACGCCAAGAUCCGCCUCUACCUGCGUGAAUCCGCGUCUAAGUGGCGCGACAUGGGCGCAGCUCGCCUAACCAUCAUGCCUGCCCCGGCCAAGAACCCACCCUCGCGUCCAGGCACUGCGGUCAGUAGCCGCAGCGAGGGUAGCGGCACCCACGCUGACGGCAACGGGAGCUCCCCGCCCAGCUCUGGUGCCACAACCCCACGUCGCGAUCUCGAGCCCGAGAAACGCAUUAUCAUCCGCGGCAAGACGCGUGGCGAGGUGCUUCUGGAUGUGUGCCUACCUGAGAGCUCGUUCGAGCGCAUCGCACGCACGGGUAUCGCCGUCUCCGUGUACGAGGAGAACGAGGGCGGCGCCAUCGCCAAGAAGGGCGGCGUGGGAACCAGUUCCCAGCGUAUCUUCAUGAUCCAGAUGAAGAGCGAAGCUGAGGCGGGCUAUACUUUUGGCCUGGUGGGGAAACUCCGGUACUAG